UAUGGUUGUAUAGAGCUAAAAAUGAAGUCGCUGAGGUAGACAGACGAGUCAAUAGAAAUGAGAAAAUCCGAUUCGUUUGGUUAUUCGGGGCUGGUCAAAAGUCAAAACGGGAUGGGACGCCUGAGCCUGUGCAGGGUUACCCCACACGUGGAAGGGUUCGUUGUGUCCGUGUCCGUUACCAUCGUCAAUUUGCUUGGGGGUGGGUCCCGUCCGCUUCCAAUCAUCACACACACGAUUCUUCUCUGCUCCUUUACUUUCGUCCCUUCCCUCCAAAAUCAAGCGCCAGAGCCACCGGUAAGCGGCGGAACCGGUGGCCCUCCGUUUUCACUGAACCAUGUCCUCCGGCGCUCCGCCGCAGCAGCCAACUGGCGCUUCACCGCACAACAUCACAAUGGUCGCUGUUGACAAAGACAAGAACAGUGCCUACGCCUUCCGUUGGGCGGUUAAUCAUCUCGAAAACCCUCUCAUCAUCGCCGUCCAUGUCAAGCAUAAAAACUUUCCUAAUCAUCGUAGAUGUCACCAAUGUGUUUCCACCUGACGAGGAGGAUGUAGCCUAUGUUUUCAAUAACUUGCGUGGAUUGUGUAAUCGGAAAGCUAUCACGGUGAAAGAAGCGGUAGUUGAUGAUCAUGAUGUUGUGAGAGGACUUUUAGAAUUUGCAAAAAGGAAUCUCAUACAAAGUAUUGUCGUCGGUGCAUCCACCAAGAACUCUUUGACAAGUCUAAAGAAAUUGAAAGGUAAUCAUGAUAUACCAACGGCCAUGAUAAAAGUGGCCCCGGAUUAUUGCAAUGUGUACAUAAUUUCUAAACUCAAGAUUAUGUCAGCUCGAUCGGCGAUGCGACAGUUUGUUACUCCAAAACAACAAGCUUUUCAGGCAAGCCUACCUGGUGAAUCAGAAAAUUCAGUGAGGGGAGUGCCACCUAGAAGUGGGAGUAACGACGUGUUGGACGGAAGGACUUUUGAGAGCAAUACUCCAGUUAGAUUGCAUGCUCGAGAGAGGCCAAGGAGUGCUGGAAAUAUGCCGUCACUGGACAACAUUGAUAUGCCCCAUCGUCGACAUUGGUCAAUGGAUGAAAGAGACAUGUCAGGGUUUGGGCCAAUUGAUGUAACUAAGCUAGAUCUGGAUUCAACUAUUACAUCAGAUACACACACGCCUACUAAAAAAAAAGAUACACACGGGACAUCAGCCUCAAGAGAUCUCGAAGCUGAGAUGAGAAAAUUGAGGCUUGAACUGAAGCAGACUAUGGACAUGUACAGCUCAGCUUGCAAGCAAGCAAUCUCAGCCAAAAACCAGGCUGAACAGAUUCGUCGAUGGAAACUGGAAGAGGAACGGAAGGUUGAAGAAGUUAGGAUGUCUCAAGAGGCUGCUCUUGCAAUAGCAGAAAAGGAAAAGGCUAGAGCCAAAGCUGCACUGGAAGCAGCUGAGGAAGCCAAGAGGAAAGCUGAACAGGAAGCACAUAGAAGAAUGGAGGCAGAGAUGAAGGCCAGGAAAGAGGCAGAAGAGAGGGAUCGAGCAUUAAAUUCGUUGACUCAAAAUGAUCAUCGAUAUAGAAAAUACACCAUAGAGGAGAUUGAAGAAGCUACUGAACACUUCUCCUCGUCAAGGAAAAUAGGCGAAGGUGGAUAUGGACCUGUGUACCAAGCCCAACUUCAUCACACCCCAGUUGCAAUCAAAAUUUUAAAUCCUGCUGCUUCUCAGGGAAGGAGGCAGUUCAAUCAAGAGGUUGAGGUUCUAUGCUGCAUUAGACAUCCGAAUAUGGUUCUGCUCCUUGGUGCCUGUCCUGAACACGGGUGCUUGGUGUAUGAAUACAUGGACAAUGGUAGCUUAGAGGAUAGAUUGUUUCGGAAAAAUAACAGCCGUCCUAUUUCAUGGAAGAAAAGGUUCCAAAUAGCUGCUGAGAUUGCAACCGCACUCCUUUUUCUUCACCAAACAAAGCCAGAGCCAAUUGUGCACCGAGACCUCAAACCAGCAAACAUUCUAUUAGACAGGAACUACGUGAGUAAAAUCAGUGACGUCGGUCUGGCAAGAUUAGUCCCACCUUCUGUUGCUGAUAAUGUCACACAAUAUUACAUGACUUCCGCUGCCGGGACCUUUUGUUACAUUGAUCCUGAGUAUCAGCAAACAGGAUGUUUGAAUACGAAAUCAGAUAUAUAUUCAUUGGGGAUACUGCUGCUGCAGAUAAUCACAGCGAAGCCUCCCAUGGGUCUUACUCACCAUGUUAAGAGGGCAAUUGAAAAGGGCAAGUUUUUGGAGAUACUUGACCCUGAGGUGACUGAUUGGCCAGUUGAAGAAGCUCUAUCUUUUGCCAAAUUAGCAUUGAGCUGUGCAGAACUCAGUAAGAAGGACAGGCCGAAUCUCGCAACAGUUGUUUUGCCAGAGCUUAACCGAUUAAGAGACUUUGAAAGUACUUUAGACCAUCAAGAAGUUAUUAGCAGUGAUGAUAACGACCAUAGCCAUGAAGCACGCCCUUUCUACUGCUAACCCAAAUCAACUGUCAAAGACGUUUAAUAGGGGCUAGGUUCAUAUAUUGACUCGCCCAUCAUGUACAAAACAAUACUUUUCAGUUACAUGUUAUCCAUAUUUUCUCGUCUUUAGGAAAGAAGAAAAACAAUUUGUAAUUGAUAUGAUUUUGACUAACUAUGAUGAAAUAUCUAAGGAUUGUUUUGGGGAACUUGACAAAUAAAGGAAAUUUGCAGCAGUUAAAGAUUGAAGAUUACACAUACUCACGGCACCAAGAUUCAGGGAACCAAUGCUAGAAGCAAAUGACACACUCGGAAAGUGAAGCAGGUCAGCUUGUUGUGUGAAUUCUUUAUCAUUUCCUUGACAAUGAUGUGCUGGAAGUUCUUUAAUGUGGUGUCUUCAAUUUUCAUAGUGUGUCGUACCUUCCAUCACACUCAACUUCAUUAGAAUUUACCUGAACUUCAAGUGAAAAAGGAGCCUCUCAGAAUUCCCGCUUGCAAAGCAAAGCAUAACCAGAUCAGCCAGCAUAAAGUAUAAUACUAUAUGAUGAGAGUAGAAUUUGUACGCACAAAGAUGGAUUAUGUUUGGAGCUUGGUAUAAGAAAAAGAGAGAGAUUGCUAAAGAAGCUUUGCUUUUGGAUUCUCUUGCCAUGUAAAUGAAAUUAGAUGAUGCAAAUUGUAUAAUGACCUAACUCCCAUGAGAUGAUAAAUUAGUAACGGCUUGUCUUUUUCCAUCA